CGCGCGCCUGAGUGUUUUACACCUUGCACCAUGGGUAAAGACGGGCCUGCAAACCGGGCACGGGCCUGCAUUAAAUUGAAGCAAUAUGAGUUCGUAUUAUUUAAGUUAAAAUUUUUAGUCAUCGUUAUUUUUUUAUAAUGGCAAGAUGAAAGAACGAGAUAUACCGCCUACGUUGUGACUAUCUCUCUCAGCUCGGAUUAGCUACUGUAGAAGGAACAGUGAAAAUUACACUUUAGUUGAUAGUAUUAAAGUUCUUUUUAGUAAUGAUAAUUUCUCAGAGUUGAUAUAUAUACUAAGGUAUAUACUUUACUCUUUGUCUUUGAUUUAACUUGAAGCUUAUUGUCAUGUCACUAUAAAAUUGCUACAUAAUUAUUUACUUUGCCUUCAUUUUGUCGAUAUGGAUGAAGAAGUCAGUUUUUUAGAGCGUGAUCCGGUAUACGAACCAGUAACUGUUUGCAAAUGUCUUAUAGAUCAAGAUUCAUCCGAAGCAGUGGUCAUAUCAGAACGAAAACGACAAAUUCUAACAACAGUAACUCGUACAGAGAGUUAUUUGAAAGAACGUCGUAUCCCCGAACUCGUGAGAUUUCUUCUCAGUAAAUUACUAGCGGAAAGACCAAACAAACCGGUAAUAUUUCUAGAGAAAUUAGUGAAUGAUUGCAUGUUGUUUCGUGCUGGACACGGCGCUGCACCAGUGUUAUACGAAAAUAAGUAUGAAACGGAAAUAUUACUACUCUUCUUUUUAGCUCUUCAUAAAUACUUAAUAAAUACCUACUUAAAACAUUUCAGGCAUUUAGAAGCAGUAGUAAAAAGUUUUGAUCCUGGUCAAAGAGGAUGGCUGAGCGCAGGCCAAACACGUCGAGCUUUUAUCACAUUGGGUCUUCAACCAGAUGACGAUCUUGAUGAAAGAAUUUCAUCUGACGAGGUUCUGAACACACUGCGGCAGAGACAAGAAUCAGAACUUUUUGAGCUGUUGUCUGCGGGAAUGGAUUUACCAGAAAACACGGAGAGUUCGAAAUCAGAUAGCAGCGAUACAUAAAUAAAAUGUGAAAAAACGCGUUUAUUUAUAUAUCAUUAAAUGAUUAUAUUAAUAUUAUAUUAAAUAAUUAUCGUUACGUUGUUUUUUUCUAUUUACUUAUAUCGCACCGUAAUAGUAGACCUU